CGCGCUGAAUGUAGGGCCGCGCGCUCUGCCUGCUCAGCUGGCCGCAGAGAUCUCCGCGGUUUCGGAGCAACUUCGCGGCGGGCUGGGAGGCCCAGCACUGCGGCUGGCAAGAUGAGUUCAGGCACCCCACCUCCGAGCCCCUCUGGCCCACCUCCUCCACCCGCACCACAGCCCCAGGCGCGGGCCCGGCUCAAUGCCACCGCUUCACUGGAGCAGGACAAGACUGACCCGCCUCGAGCUCCCAGACCUCAGAUUGACCCCAGUGCUGGACAAAGUGCCGGGGAAGCGGCCACUCCAGAGCCUCGGGCUCCUCAGACCGGCAGCCGAGAAGCAGCAGAUAGAGCUGGCCCCAUGAAGGCAGAUGCGGAGAUCCCCUUUGAAGAAGUCCUGGAGAAAGCCAAGGCUGGAGACCCCAAAGCACAGACAGAGGUGGGCAAACACUACCUCCGACUCGCCAAUGACGCAGACGAAGAACUCAACAGCUGCUCAGCCGUGGCCUGGCUAAUCCUGGCGGCCAAGCAGGGCAGGCGGGAGGCCGUGAAGCUCCUGAGGCGGUGCCUAGCUGACCGGAAAGGCAUCACUUCUGAGAAUGAGGCUGAGGUGAAGCAGCUGUCCUCUGAGACCGACCUGGAAAGGGCCGUGCGCAAGGCCGCCCUGGUGAUGUACUGGAAACUCAACCCCAAGAAGAAGAAGCAGGUGGCUGUGUCGGAGCUGCUGGAGAAUGUCGGGCAGGUCAACGAGCAGGAUGGAGGGGCUCAGCCAGGCCCGGUCCCCAAGUCCCUGCAAAAGCAGAGGCGCAUGCUGGAGCGCCUCGUCAGCAGUGAAUCCAAGAACUACAUUGCUCUGGACGAUUUCGUGGAGCUCACCAAGAAGUACGCCAGGGGCAUCAUCCCCACCAACCUGUUCCUGCAGGAUGAGGAGGAGGAGGACGAGCUGGCGGGGAAGAGCCCCGAGGACCUGCCACUGCGCCAGAAGGUGGUGAAGUACCCCUUACACGCCAUCAUGGAGAUCAAAGAGUACCUGAUUGACGUGGCCUCCAAGGCAGGCAUGCACUGGCUCUCCACCAUCGUGCCCACCCAUCACAUCAACGCCCUCAUCUUCUUCUUCAUCAUCAGCAACCUAACCAUCGACUUCUUUGCCUUCUUCAUCCCCCUGGUGGUCUUCUACCUGUCCUUCGUGUCCAUGGUCAUCUGUACGCUCAAGGUGUUCCAGGACAGCAAGGCUUGGGAGAACUUCCGCACGCUCACCGACCUGCUGCUGCGCUUCGAGCCCAACCUGGACGUGGAACAGGCGGAAGUGAACUUCGGCUGGAACCACCUGGAGCCCUACGUCCACUUCCUGCUGUCUGUCGUCUUCGUGAUCUUCUCUUUCCCGCUGGCCAGCAAGGACUGCAUCCCCUGCUCGGAGCUGGCCGUCAUCUCCGCCUUCUUCACGGUGACCAGCUACAUGAGCCUGAGCAGCUGCGCCGAGCCCUAUACCAGGCGGGCCCUGGUCACCGAGGUGGCUGCUGGCUUGCUGUCCCUUCUGCCCACCGUGCCCGUGGACUGGCGCUUCCUGAAAGUGCUCGGCCAGACGUUCUUCACCGUGCCCGUGGGCCACUUCGUCAUCCUGAACGUGAGCCUCCCCUGCCUGCUCUAUGUCUAUCUCUUUUACCUCUUCUUCCGCAUGGCCCAGCUGAGGAGCUUCAAGGGCACCUACUGCUACCUGGUGCCCUACCUGGUGUGCUUCAUGUGGUGUGAACUGUCCGUGGUCAUCCUGCUCCAGUCCACUGGCCUGGGCUUGGUCCGCGCCUCCAUCGGCUACUUCCUCUUCCUCUUUGCCCUCCCCAUCCUGGUGGCCGGCCUCGCCCUGAUGGGCACGGUGCAGUUUGCCCGAUGGUUCCUGUCGCAGGAUCUCACCAAGAUCAUGGUCACCACAGUGAUCUGCGGCGUACCCCUGCUUUUCCGCUGGUGGACCAAGGCCAAUUUCUCGGUGAUGGGGAUGGUCAAGUCCCUGACGAGGAGCUCCAUGGUGAAGCUCAUUCUUGUGUGGCUCACCGCUAUCCUCCUCUUCUGCUGGUUCUAUGUGUACCGCUCAGAAGGCAUGAAGGUCUACAAUUCCACACUCACCUGGCAGCAGUAUGGCUUCCUGUGUGGGCCACGGGCCUGGAAGGAGACUAACAUGGCUCGGACCCAGAUCCUGUGCAGCCACCUGGAGGGCCACAGGGUCACGUGGACAGGCCGCUUCAAGUAUGUCCGAGUGACGGAGAUCGACAACAGCGCCGAGUCGGCCAUCAACAUGCUCCCGUUCUUCCUGGGCGACUGGAUGCGCUGCCUGUACGGAGAGGCCUACCCGUCCUGCAGCUCCGGGAACACGUCCACAGCUGAGGAGGAGCUCUGCCGCCUCAAGCAGCUGGCCAAGCACCCCUGCCACAUCAAGAAGUUUGACCGCUACAAGUUUGAGAUCACAGUGGGCAUGCCCUUUGGCACCAACGGCAACCGUGGCCACGAAGAGGAUGACAUCACCAAGGACAUUGUCCUACGCGCCAGCAGCGAGUUCAAGGAUGUGCUGCUGAACCUGCGCCAGGGCAGCCUCAUCGAGUUCAGCACCAUCCUGGAGGGCCGCCUGGGGAGCAAGUGGCCCGUCUUCGAGCUCAAGGCCAUCAGCUGCCUCAACUGCAUGACACAGCUGUCCCCCGCCCGGAGGCACGUAAAGAUCGAGCAGGACUGGCGCAGCACGGUGCACGGGGCCCUCAAGUUUGCCUUCGACUUCUUCUUCUUCCCAUUCCUGUCUGCCGCCUGAGGAGUGUCUGCCACUGGAGGAGGCUUCGGUGCAUGUUGCUGUGAGGUCCUUCCAUGUGGCCACCCAGCCAGCUGGAGCAGCGCUGUGCCUGGCGUGUGCAUGUGUGUUUGUGUGUGUGUGCGUGCGUGUGUGCGUGCGUGUGUGUGCGUGCGUGCGUGUGUGUGUGUGUGUGCGUGCGUGCGUGUGUGCAUAUGCGUGCGUGCGCAUGUGUGUGCGUGUGUGCGCGUGUGUAUGCAUAUGUGUGCGUGCGUGCAUGUGUGCAUAUGCGCGCGCGCGUGUGUGUGUGUGUGUGUGUGUGUGUGUGUGUGUGUGUGUGUGUCUACUCUGCUCUCAUGUGCUUAGAUCCCAUGAGAUGCCAGGCUCUGUGCUCGCCUGUAGACGGCUGGUCCUGCUGGAGGGUGGUUUUCUUUAGCACUGUCCACUUUGAAUGCCGUGUCAUAAGAAAUCGCAUGCUAGCUUCCCUCACGAUCCCGCCCUUCCCCCACAGAGCUGGAACUCCGAGCCUGGCCCCAAAGACCCUCUGUCACGAAGAGCACUUUACAGUUAAGAAUCUUCCUCUCCAGUUCUUCCUGCCUCCUUCUAGCCCUUUCUUUACUUUGUGUUGGAUUUGUUUCAAAGAACCAAAUCCGUGUCUAUGUACACUUUAUGGUAGCAUUUCUUAUUUAUUUGGUUGCUGCUAAGCCUUGACAGUGGUCCGCCUUCCUGGGUUGUCCCCAGUGGUCACAUCCUGCCUGGCUUCCUACUUGGGUAUAGCAUGUCCAAACUGAACACUACAGCCUGCCUUGGAGCUGGCCUGUCUCUGGGGAUGGUAGGGAGUUUGUGGGGAUUUCUUCUGAGUACCCCAGGACUUGGGAAACAAUGCGAGAGUGUCUAUUCAGUACACAGGUAAGCUUGGCUAUGUUCGGUAUAGCAGAGCCAAAAGCAAAGUUCUAAGGCGGCCGAAAUAAAAGCUUUGGAACCUACA